AUGUUGCUAUGAGGAAAAGAGUCAGCAAUGACUGAUGUGGAGCCCCUGGUGACAGACUUCGCAGCAUCGGGCAGGGCAGGCCGCCGGAAUGCCUUACCUGACAUCCUGGGCUCUCCUGCUGGUGCCGGGACCUCAGACUUGCCGCACAAACUGGCCGAGCUGUCUGUUUCAGAAGAUGAAGGAGCAGAGGGUGGAGAAGUAUCAUCAUCCAAAGCCCUGCUGGAAAGUCAAGAGGCAGAAGGAAAGAGCAGCAAUUCCUAAUACCUAAGGACUGCUCGACUGAUGAAGCCUGUCGACAGACUUUGCAGAGUUUCCCUGUGUUACCUAAUUUGAAGUGUGGUAGCAACUGCAGCAGCACAGGAAAGACUUUCGUGACACAUUUAUAUCUAGAUAGCUUUAAUAUGGAACUACUGGUUUUUCUGCUGUCGUUCAUCAGAAACAAUGUUCUACACAUCCAAAUGGGAAGAGAACUAAAGAAUGUAUCUGUUCUGCUUUUUUUGUUUGUUUGUUUGUUUUUGUUUGUUUGUUUUUAAUGAUUACUUUAUUCAUCCAAACUAAUCUUCUUUGGCAGUUUUAAUGAACAUAGAUAGCAGAUGUACCAGGUAAUGAUUACUUUAAAAUAAAAGUCCUAUUUCUUAAUUUUCUAAAAUAGCUUCUUUGUUACACAGAGGUGUAUUCGCUCUCCUUUAAGAUAAUAAGUAUGUAUUAGAUUACAGACCUAAUCUGCAGUAUAUCUUCAGAGAUUUUUGUUCUCAUUAGGUAUAAGUAGAUGGAUGUGACAAAUAGGAAAACUAACUUUUUUUUCUCUCUUCUUCCUGACUUCAAAGCAUUUUGUUUAGAACCUAAACUACCAGUGUUCAUUUUUGAAGUCUCUUUACACUCUAUUUAAUUAUGGCAGAUCAUCUCAUCUAUCCCACUCCUAGCAGUCUUGCUAUUUCUGUCAUUUCUGUUUUCAGGCUUAUUAUUGUAGCUGUUCAUGUAUAUCUGAAAUAAAAUAGCCAAGUUUGUAAGUGAUUAAAACUGUUCAUCUCACUAUGGAAAUUAAACAGCUAUCAUAUU